CCAAGUAGACGUCCUCCAAGUGCCUUCUAACGCAGCCAUGCGGAAAGCGCCGCUUACUGACAUUACUCAUCGGCCCUUAACAGGACGUCGGUCUAACAAUACUCCAUCACAAGCAGUAGCUAGUCUCACAUGCUCCGCAGGUUCAGGAGAAGAGAAUAAUCCUACUCGGGGUCUGCUUGAGAUCUUCGCUGCAGUUCAAACUGGGUCCAUUAGCCGAAAGAGAUCAUUGAAGCUAACCAGCGAAGAAUGUGAUCACCAUCCAUCUUUCCCAAUCUUUUCACCUGCUCUUAAUUCAAAAAGAGAGAUACAACAGCUAUCAUCAACUCAAGUUGCAACAUAUAACUCAGCAAAUCAAGCUGAAGGUCCUAUAAAGUCCAGGUUCUCCCUCUCAUACAACUCAAAACAGCCUCUUAAUCUCAUCUCUACAUUGUCUCAGGAACGGUUAUAUGGGCGACAAAGAAACAAACCAUCUUACGUCUCAACACGCUUUCAUAUGUUGGAUUACAUUAGUCGACCAAGCGAUACAUACACGUUUAUUUCACAGGAUUCAACCACACUUGUACCGCCGUUUUCAUGCGCCUACAAUAACGUGGCUAACGAAGCACGAAAUCUAGCAGUUGGGGAUGAAGAUGGCACAAUACAUAUUGUUGACACUAGAAGAGAUGAUGCACAUCCAGAGGGAACUAUUCGCAUUCAGGCUCAUCAGAACGCUAUUUUCGACCUCUGCUGGACAAGGGACGAUUCCAAGAUUAUUACAGCGUCUGGCGACCAGACGGCAAAGUUGUAUGAUGUUGAAACAAAAGCAUGCCUCGGUACCUUUUCAGGCCAUGCUGGAAGCAUUAAGAGUACAUCAAUGAAGUUUAAUGAUGACAAAAUCUUCGCGACAGCUGCAAGAGAUGGCGCUAUUAUGAUUUGGGAUGUACGAUGUUCAAGCACUACAACUCCUCAUGGUGAUAUUCUUUAUCGACCAGCCGACAGAUUAUUGAACGUUCAUGCCAACUCAGCUAGAAGUAUCCCACCAAAAAAGUCCAAGCACGGAUCUGAUGGACCUAACACAGCCUCAGCUGUGCAGUACAUGAUGCAUAAUGAGAACAUCAUUGCUUCCACUGGCACAUUAGACGGUUCUGUGAAAUACUGGGAUGUCCGAAAGCAUGGUACUUAUUUUAGACACGACUUCCCAACACCUCUUGCCGCAUCGACUUACACACCAUUAACGAAACGUGCCCACGGAAUGACAUCGAUGGCAUUGUCUCCCGAUGGCAGCGCCUUGUAUGCAGUCAGUUCCGAUAACCAUAUUUAUAUGUUUAACACCACGGUACUCGGUGGGCCUGUGGAGCAGUUCGGGGGCAGUGACUUUAUGUGCUCAAGUUAUUAUAUCAAGAUCAGUGUUUCACCAGAUGGUAAUUAUGUUGCUGCUGGCUCCUGCAAAGACCUUUAUGUGUGGGAAGUCAAGCGGCCGGACAAAAAACCACUUAUUUUCCAUGGCCACGAGAGGGAAGUCACAGGAGUAGAUUGGGCCAAGGAUAUCGGGGACGGCACACAGCUGAGUGGGUGUUCGGAUGAUGCCACAGUCCGAAUUUGGCGGCCAAAUAAACCGCUCGUAGAAGAAUGCCAAGAGAACGAAAGUUUAAAGAACAUGCAUGGUAUGGUCACUGAGUGACCCUUCUGAGUGUAUACGUCAUGGAAACUGUACUCUACCACUUUUCAAGAUGGAUUAAAUAGUUUGAACCAACAUCUUAUUAAAGCAACAGUGGCUGAUGCAGCU